GAGUUACUUGAGUUGAGGGUCUUUCGGAAAUAACCUCUCUACCUCCACAAGGUAGGGGUAAGGUCCACGUACACUCUACCCUCCCCAGACUCCACCUAUGGGAUUACACUAGUAUGGUAUUGUUGUUUGUUGUUGAGAAAGGGUCUCAAGUCAAUGAUAAUGUUAGUCAAGGUUGUCUUUUUUUAUAACAAAAGAUUCCAGCUCACUUUAGACCAAUCAAAUUGCAAGCAAUAUUUUGAUGCACAUUAGAGAAAAAUAAAUGAAUGAUUUAAUAUUAAAUUAGAGCAAAAUAUAGGCACGAAAGGACAAGAACAACAUAUCAAAAUAAAAAACCUGAAAGGGAUACGACAAGGUUCUUAAUAAAUAUUCAGUAGAAUAAUGUUUCUGCAAAGAAAUCUAUAUAUCCUGAAUCAUCAACUUCCUUCUCUCAUUUUAUAGUCUUGUCAUUCAGUGGGCUAUGAAAUUAGAAGAUUGUUUGAACCUUUUGAGUGAGAGCAAGUAGGUAAAGAAGCAGAAUAUGACUAGCAAGAUAGUAUCUUGGUGGUUGUUGAUUUUAUUCAUAGCAAAUGGAUGGUGGUGUUGUAAUUCUUGUUGGAAAGAAGAAAGGACUGCUCUCUUGCAACUCAAGGCAAACAUAAACUACAAGAUAGCCGGCGAUUAUUUGCUAUCAUGGGUGGCUAAUGAAACCUCAGAUUGUUGUCGAUGGGACGGAAUUGUUUGCAGCAAUAAGACCAGAAGAGUCACUGAGUUGUCCAUUAUUGUCGAGAAAAUUAAUCAAGAAGAACAAUUUAGUACUCUCAAUGGUACAAAUACUGAUGAUAGUAUUUUGGAGAACUGGCUUUUCAACGCAUCUUUAUUUAUUCCCUUCAAAAAUCUCAAAGCUCUGCUCCUCCCUGAACUUUCAUUGGACGGUUGGGCGAAGAAUGAAGGUUUUGAGAAACUGAGACGACUGAGAAAACUGGAAACACUUGAUUUAUCAGGGAACAACUUCAAUCGCAGCAUCUUUCAGUCUCUUAGUGAACUUUCAUCUCUCAAGUCAUUGAACCUCUCAAACAACAACAUUGGAUCAGGUGCCAAAACAUGGCCCCCUCCAUCUGCCUCUUUGAACAUUUUAGGUUCUGAGAGAUUAACAGGUUUAGACAAGCUGGAAAUCCUAGACCUGAGCCUUAACUAUCUAGCUGAUGAAAAUGUUCUCUCUGCUUUAGAGCUAAAUACAUCUAGAACAGCAUUGAAGAAGCUCGAUAUAAGGUACAACACAUUCCGAAGUUUUAUACCAAAUGAAGAGUUGGGAGCUUUAAGAAAUAUAAAGUACUUACUGUUGGAUGGAAACACAUUGGACGAGAACUUUCUCAGGAGCAGUGGUGUAAUGUCAUACCUUAAAGUAUUAUCAGUAGCUCAGUGCAACCUCAACGGAAACCUACCACUUCAAGGCUUGUGUGAUCUAAAAUAUCUUGAAGAACUAAGUCUCAGCAGAAACAGCUUCACUGGAAAAAUUCCUACAUGUCUUGGAAACUUAACAUUUCUUCGGGUAAUCGAUCUCACUCAAAAUCAGUUUACUGGAAACAUUGCCUCAUCUCCACUUUCGAGUCUCUUGUCCCUGGAAUACCUCUUGUUAGCAAACAAUAACUUUGAGAUACCAAUUUCAUUCGAGUCAUUUGCUAACCAUUCAAAACUUAAGUUCAUCAUUGCUGACUACAACUCACUAAUUGUACAAACUUCUCCCAAAAGUUGGAUCCCAAAGUUUCAAUUAGAAGCUUUAUCUUUAUUCAACUGCUCUCAAAUGCCAAGUUUCCUUCAUUAUCAACAUCAUCUAAGACUUCUCUGUCUCUCGAAUUGCAACAUUGGUGGAGACUUUCCAAAUUGGUUGUUAGAAAACAAUUCUAGACUUGGAGAAGUUUACUUGGAUGGAAAUGCAUUCACUGGAUCUCUUCAAUUGCCAUUCCUUCCUAAUCUGAAAGCUCUUGAUAUCUCAAACAAUAAGAUUCAAGGGAAACUUCCUCUUGACAUUGGGUCCAUUUUCCCGAAUCUCGUGAUGACAACAAUGUCCCACAAUAUGCUUGAAGGCUUGUUGCCUUCAAGUUUUGCUGACAUGAAGAACCUUGCAUGCUUGGAUUUGUCAUACAAUAAGUUAACAGGAGACCUACCGAUUGCAUUUGCUCGUGAAGGAUCCAAGUUAUAUUUUCUGAGAUUGUCGAAUAACACGUUGAAAGGGGAAAUAUUUCCAGUUUCAGCUACCAUCAACAAUUUCGAAUAUUUAUACUUGGAUAGGAACAACUUCUCCGGCCCAAUUCCGCAGAAGUUAUCGACUGCUCCUUUACGCACAUUGGACUUAAGUUACAACAAAUUGUCAGGAAACAUACCAGCCUGGCUUGGUAAUAUCUCCUCCUUAACCUCCCUUGCAUUGUCUAGAAACCAUCUAAAGGGUCAUAUUCCACCUGAUUAUUGUAGACUUCAAGGACUUGAGGUCUUGGAUCUCUCUGAAAACAACCUUGUUGGUGCAAUUCCAUCAUGUUUCAGUUCUUUCCGAGACUUAAACCGUGUGUAUUUGAGCAAAAACAAGUUACAAGGGAAUUUCAACAUGUUCUCAAACUCAGAUCUAGAAGUGUUGGAUCUUAGAUAUAACAAUUUUAGUGGUUCGAUUCCAAAAUGGUUGGGUACUACUCUUGGAAUAACCACCUUACUCUUGAAAGGAAAUCAUCUUCAAGGCAACAUUCCCACAGAGCUGUGCCUUGCGAGUAGAUUGAGAAUUUUGGAUCUUGCUCAUAAUAAUCUCUCGGGUCCUAUUCCUCGUUGCUUUGGGAACAUAAUGCAAAAAGACAUUGUAAUAGAAGCAUACCCAUACAGUGGAUCAUUUGGACAUACAGGAUUCGAGACGUUUGGAGGAGAUGCCAUGAUAGAUGUAGGGACCUCGAUCAGUUCAUCAUCGAUAACUUUAUUUGAAAAAAACUAUGCAUGGGUUGGAGCAGAGUUUACGACCAAACAUAAUACAUAUUCCUACGAGGGUAGCAUUGUUGAUGAUAUGUUUGGAAUUGAUCUUUCUUGCAACCAAUUAAGUGGUCAAAUACCCAAGGAACUCGGUAACCUUACCAUUCUUCGUGCACUUAACUUGUCACAUAACCACCUUACCGGAGCGAUGCCGUCACAGUUUUCGAAUCUCCAGAAUAUUGAGAGUAUGGACCUAUCAUACAACAACUUGACUGGGAGGCUUCCCACUCAACUUCUAGAGUUGACAACUCUAGGAGUUUUUACCGUGGCACAUAAUAAUCUAACAGGUAGGACUCCACAGCUUUCCGCGCAGUUUGCAACUUUUAAUGAAAGCAGUUAUGAGGGAAAUCCUUUUCUUUGUGGUCUUCCAUUACAUACCAGUUGCAUGGAGACUAAAGAGCUACCAAUGUCACCUCCUGGACCAGAUUAUUGUGAAGAAGAUACUGGUUUCCUAGAUAUGGAGUCGUUCUAUAUUUCCUUUCUUGUGGCAUAUGCAAAUGUGGUGCUCGUAGUGAUUGUAGUUCUCUGGGUUAACCCCUACUGGAGAAAUGUUUGGUUUUAUUAUGUUGAGUCUUUCAUGUAUUCUUGUUACUACUUUUUUGCUUCCAAAAUGUAAACUUUACAUAUUAAGGUUACUUUCAAGUAAAUCAUACGCUUGAG